GGAGGACUCGGGGGCUGGACUCAGAUCAGGUGGUGAACUCAGAGUGUCCUCUUUCCUGGAGUUUGCUCAGGGCCCUGCUGGAUUUACAGCUGGUGAGUUUCAGUUGUCCCUGAAGAGGAAGAUACUGAAAGUUGUGAGUAGGGAGCUUAAAACCAAGUUUUACCUCCCUUUAGGGACAGAAGAAGGGCCUGGCCCCAAAGUGAAGACCUUCCUCAGGUCAGUCUUUUUAAAAUUCUUACCUCUGCAAGCAGCUGCUUCUCAAGCCCUGAGGAUUUCACUGAGCCAAUUUAAUGCUGGUGGUCAGACAGUUUAAACCCAUUAGCUGCCAGCUAUCUGAGUAAAUUUUCUCCUCCAAACCCAGUGCACCGGCAGACCACUCCAAGAAGAACUGCAGAGAACUGCCGCAUUAACUGGACAUUUGAGUACAACUGUUGUGGCCUGCGUUGUGAGCAUUUAGGGGCUGAAGAAAAUGCCACUGGCGAGAUCACUGUCCAUGACCUCUCUGAAUGGGCUUCCUCAGUGGGAAGAUGAAGACCUGCCAGUGGAGGACUUGUUGCUCUUUGAAGUUUCUUGGGAAGUUACCAACAAAGUGGGAGGAAUUUAUACGGUGAUCCAGACAAAAGCCAAAAUUACAGCAGAUGAAUGGGGUGAAAACUAUUUUCUGAUUGGUCCUUAUUUUGAGCACAAUGUGAAGACACAGGUGGAAGUAUGUGAGCCUCCAAACCCUGCAAUUAAGAAGGCAAUGGAUACCAUGAAAAGCCAAGGGUGUCAGGUCUUUUUUGGAAGAUGGCUGAUAGAGGGCAGCCCAUAUGUCUUACUGUUUGAUAUAGGAUCAGCAGCCUGGAAUCUGGACAGAUGGAAAGGCGAAUUUUGGGAUGCUACCAACAUAGGAAUCCCUUUUCAUGACCGAGAAGCCAAUGAUGCUGUAAUUUUUGGAUCAUUAACAGCCUGGUUUUUAAAAGAGCUUUCCUGUCAGUUUGAUGACAAGCCCAAUGUAAUUGCUCAUUUCCACGAAUGGCAGGCAGGAGUGGGUUUAAUACUGUCUCGAUCUCAGAAACUUCCAGUUGCCACAAUUUUUACUACCCAUGCCACCCUGCUUGGGAGAUACCUGUGUGCAGCCAAUAUAGACUUUUACAACAAUCUUGACCAGUUUGACAUUGACAAGGAAGCAGGGGAGAGACAGAUUUACCAUCGAUAUUGUAUGGAACGGGCAGCCGUACACUGUGCCCAUGUGUUCACCACAGUCUCACAGAUAACAGCAAUUGAAGCAGAACACAUGCUUAAAAGAAAUCCUGAUGUUGUCACUCCAAAUGGCUUGAACAUUAAGAAGUUUUCAGCAAUGCAUGAAUUUCAGAAUUUGCAUUCCAUGUACAAGGCUAGGAUCCAAGAGUUCAUUCGAGGCCAUUUCUAUGGACACCUUGACUUCAGUCUUGAAAAUACCUUAUUUUUCUUCAUUGCUGGGAGAUACGAAUUUUCCAACAAAGGAGCUGAUAUGUUUCUAGAAGCCUUAUCAAGACUAAACUUUUUGCUGAGGGUACAUAAGAGUGAUGUUACAGUCGUCGUGUUCUUCAUUAUGCCAGCAAAGACAAACAAUUUCAAUGUGGAAACCCUGAAAGGACAAGCAGUCCGGAAGCAGCUCUGGGACACUGCACAAUCUGUGAAAGAAAAGUUUGGAAAGAAACUCUACAAUGCCUUACUAAAAGGAGAAAUUCCAGACUUGAGCAAGAUUCUUGACCGGGAUGAUAUAACCAUUAUGAAAAGAGCCAUCUUUUCAACUCAGCGACACUGUCUGCCACCGGUGACCACCCACAACAUGAUUGACGAUGGCAAUGAUCCAAUACUCAACACCAUCCGACGUAUUGGCCUUUUCAACAACCGAACAGACAGAGUAAAGGUGAUCGUACAUCCAGAGUUUCUUUCUUCAACAAGCCCGUUGCUGCCCUUGGACUAUGAAGAAUUUGUCAGAGGUUGUCACUUGGGUGUAUUUCCGUCAUACUAUGAACCCUGGGGUUACACUCCAGCUGAAUGUACUGUGAUGGGUAUUCCCAGUGUGACCACAAACCUUUCUGGAUUUGGCUGUUUCAUGCAGGAACACGUUGCUGACCCAGCUGCUUAUGGCAUCUACAUAGUUGACAGGAGGUUCCGCUCACCUGAUGAAUCAUGUAACCAGCUGACUCAGUUCCUGUAUGGAUUUUGUCAGCAGUCCCGUCGCCAGAGGAUCAUCCAAAGAAACCGAACUGAAAGGCUCUCAGAUCUGUUGGACUGGAGAUACCUAGGCAGGUAUUAUAUGCAUGCUAGACACUUGGCCCUCAGCAGAACAUUCCCUGAUAAAUUUGAGAUGGAACCAUGUGCUCCACCAAAGACGGAAGGUUUCAGAUUCCCAAGACCUUCAUCAGUGCCACCAUCACCUUCUGUCUCUCAGCAUUCCAGCCCUCACCAUAGCGAAGGUGAGGAUGAAGAUGAAGAUGAAAGAUAUGAUGAGGAUGAGGAAGCUGAAAGGGAUAGGCAAAAUAUCAAGUCUCCAUUUUCACUGGGAGUAUUGCCACAAGGAAAGAAGAAGCAGCAUGGAGAGUUCAGGAACUGAAUGUGUUGCUCUCCACCCAAGCAGAGUCUCUCCAUGUAUUUAAGAGUUUCUUCUGUAGGUACUGCAAUCUCUGUAUUAAGGACAGUAUAUUAUAUUUUAGGAGAAUCUUAAAUGACACUUGAGCUACGCUGCUGGGAAGCCUCAUAUUUCUUCAUCUUGAAAGUAGUUUAAGUGACAAUUCUUCUGUGCUCCUCAGAGGUAGAAGACUUUUAUCAAGCUUGGUAUACUUAGAAUGUAACAGUCUCCUUAAGCUUAUCUAAAGCAUAGAUCACACCUUUGUCUGCAUAAUCAUCUACACUAAUCUUAGUUCAUGCUGAUAGUUCUUUUAUGGUUGUUCCAAAUGAAUUCUUCCUUCAUUUACGUCCCUUACUUCCUCCAAAACUAAUGUAAUCUUUAAGCCAGAGCUCAGAAAAUUUAGAGAAAUGAGUGUUAUACUGAAGAAAUCUUGUCAUAGGUAAAAAACUGAGACAUGUAAAAAAAUGGUCUUUGUGUUUCCUUAUGCUGUUUAUCUUAUUGUAAACUUACAUUGUUUGAAGUAUUUUUUACAGCACAUGGAAGUGUCUUUGAUUCAGUGAUAAAACACACUGCAGAACAAUAUAAAGUCUUAUGCAGUGGUCAUUUGAAUUUUAGAUACAAAUGAAGUCAUCUUGAAGUCCUUUAUACCCACAAUAAACAGCAGACCGUUUAUUUUCUGA